AUGGAACCUUACGAUGUUAUCGUUAAUCAACCGGUAGUAAUUGAUAAUGGUUCUGGAGUAAUAAAAGCAGGUUUUGCUGGAGAUCAAACUCCCAAAUGUCAUUUUCCAAAUUAUAUUGGAAUACCUAAACAUGUUAGGGUUAUGGCUGGUGCCUUAGAAGGUGACAUAUUUGUCGGUCCCAAAGCUGAAGAAUACAGAGGAUUAUUAAGUAUUAGGUAUCCGAUGGAACAGGGAAUAGUAACAGAUUGGAAUGACAUGGAAAGAAUUUGGCAAUAUAUUUACAGUAAAGAUCAAUUACAAACAUUUGCCGAAGAACAUCCUGUUUUAUUAACAGAAGCACCAUUAAAUCCUAGAAAGAAUAGAGAAAGAGCAGCUGAAAUUUUUUUCGAAACAUUUAAUGUUCCAGCAUUGUUUGUUUCAAUGCAGGCAGUUUUGAGUUUGUAUGCGACAGGUAGAACGACAGGAGUUGUUUUAGAUUCUGGCGAUGGUGUAACUCAUGCAGUACCAAUUUACGAAGGUUUCGCAUUGCCCCAUAGCAUAAUGAGAAUAGAUUUAGCGGGUCGUGACGUCACAAAAUACCUUCAUUUAUUAUUGAAAAGAGAGGGUAUUAAUUUUCACACGACUGCAGAAUUUGAAAUUGUUAAAACGAUUAAAGAAAAAGCGUGUUACUUAGCGAGUAAUCCGGUGAAAGAAGAAUCUGUAGAAUUAGAAAGAUCACAAUAUGUAUUACCAGAUGGUAGCACAAUCGAAAUAGGUCCUGCAAAAUUUAGAGCACCUGAAGUUUUAUUUAGACCUGAUUUAAUAGGUGACGAAUGUCCAGGAUUGCACGAAGUAUUAUUGGAUUCAAUAUUGAAAUCGGAUUUAGAUUUAAGAAAAGUUUUAUAUCAAAACAUUGUUUUGUCCGGCGGUUCGACUCUCUUCAAGGGUUUCGGCGAUAAAUUGUUGGGAGAAAUAAAGAAAAACGCACCUAAAGACGUCAAAUUAAGAAUCUCCGCGCCUCAGGAAAGGCUUUAUUCAACGUGGAUAGGGGGUUCUAUAUUAGCAUCAUUAGAUACUUUCAAAAAAAUGUGGGUAUCAAAAAGAGAAUAUGAUGAAGAAGGGCACAGGGCCGUACACAGGAAAACGUUUUAA